AUGCUCUCUCACGCCGACCUCCUGGAUGCUCGGCUCGGGAUGAAGGAUGCUGCAGAGUUACUCGGACACCGAGAGGCUCUCAAGUGCCGGCUGGGAGGUGGGGUGCCAGACCAGGGGCAUCCGGGAGACAUGGCCCCUGGUUCAGACUCAGUAGAAGGAACCACCCUCCUGCCGGGCGAAGACAUCGCCACUGUGGGAUCCAACUCUUCCGGCAUGUCGGUGAACGGGAAGGAGCAGGAGAAGCAGCAACAGCAGCCGCAGCAGAGCUCCGGUCAGUCCGCCAGCCAGCAGAAACAGAAGCGGCACCGGACGCGCUUCACCCCCGCGCAGCUCAACGAGCUGGAGCGCAGCUUCGCCAAAACGCACUACCCUGACAUCUUCAUGAGGGAGGAACUGGCACUGAGGAUUGGCCUCACUGAGUCCAGAGUUCAGGUUUGGUUCCAGAACAGACGCGCUAAGUGGAAGAAAAGGAAGAAGACCACCAAUGUUUUUCGCGCCCCGGGGACGUUGCUCCCAACACCGGGCCUGCCACAGUUCUCUGCCGCGGCCGCCAUGGAGAACAGCCUGUGCUCAUUCCACGCCAACGACUCUCGCUGGGCCACGGGGAUGCCGGGGGUCUCCCAGCUGCAGCUCCCGCCUGCCCUGGGUCGUCAGCCGGGCAUGGCGCAGUCUCUGUCACAGUGCAGCCUGGGUCCAGGCCCGCCACCAAACUCCAUGGGUCUCUCCAACGGCCUGUCAUCCAACGGCUCCGGUCUGCAGUCCCACCUCUACCAGACGCCUUUCCCCGGAAUGUCGGCCUCUCUCUCCGGCCCCACGAACGUAACGGGCUCCCCGCAGCUGUGUAGUUCCCCGGACAGUGACAUGUGGAGAGGGACAAGCAUCGCGUCACUGCGGCGCAAAGCGCUGGAGCACACAGUGUCCAUGAGUUUCACUUAGUGACC